AUGGGUGUAGAAGCCAGACCCGCAGAGGAGCGAGUCGGGCUUACUUCACUUUCCACAAAAUACAACAACGACGAUCUCAAGCCGCGAAGGAAUCUCAUCUUACGAGUAGCUAUUGCCGUUCUUGUUACCAUUAUGGCUGUUUAUGGAGCUUACGCGGCCGAAUCCCAAACUCUCGCAACACUAAUACGAGAUGAUGCCUCAUGCGUGUGCGGCGUUACAACUGCCGAAGGAAUGUUGCAGAAC